AUGGCAAUCGAUCCAGUCGUGGCUACGUCCGCAUCUGAGGAUGCAGAGAAACAAUUUCAAGGAUCAGUCGUCCAACUUGAAGAUGCUCUUGCGACUCUGAAUAUUGAUCCACAGGAUGCCGAUGAAGCUUUUCACUUUCUCAAGGAUCACCCUGAGGCGCAUGAAAUAACGCGCCAAGCACUGGCCAUUCUAGCAAAUGAAACCUCACAAAAGCAAUUAUUGCGGAAGAUCGACUGGGCAAUACUUCCGUGUAUGAUUGUGACAUACUUCCUCCAAUUUCUUGACAAGACCACUAUCGGAUAUACGGCCGUAAUGGGCUUAAGACAGGACACACAUCUGGUAGGACAGCAGUAUUCAAACGUCGCAAUGAUAUUCUACAUUGGAUAUCUUGCUGCGGAGUUCCCAACACAAUACCUCUCUCAACGUAUCUCCCGACUAGUCUUGGUUGUGGCCAUGUGGUACAAGAAAUCCGAGCAGGGACGGAGAAUAUCUUAUGUCUACGUGUGCAAUAGCCUGACUUCGAUAUUUGCUGGACUGGUCUCAUAUGGAAUAUCUUUUUCCAAGAACAACAAUUUCGCCAGCUGGAGAAUCUUCCUUCUCACAAUUGGACUGUUCACCGUUGCUGCAGGGGCUGUAGUGUUCCUAUACCUGCCGGACUCUCCGGUGAAAGCGAAGCGGUUCACAGAUGCAGAGAAGGUUGCCGUAUUGUUACGAGUGGCAGAUAAUCAAUCAGGAACUCAGAAUUCAAAAAUCAAAACCGAGCAAUUACGUGUGGUAUUCAAGGACCCGGGCGUCUGGUUGGUCAUGAUAAGCGUUUUGAUGCUGAGCGUCCCGACUUCGAUCCCCAACUUCUCAAGUAUCUUGUUGACGACUUUUGGCUACACACCGCAACAAGCGCUGAUACUGAACAUACCUGGUGGUGUUGUUGGCGCAUUCUCCAUCAUAAUCACAGGAUAUCUCAGCGACAAAUGGAACGACCGCAGUCUGGUAAUGAUUAUUAGUAUCGUCCCUACCAUUGCUGCCUUCGCGAUGAUGAUCGGUCUGGACCCCGGGGGUGUGCCGAAAAACAAAGGAGCACUAUUGUUUGCCCUCUACCUCUGCAACUCUUUCACCGCGGCAUUCAUGUUACUGCUCGUCUGGAACGCCUCAAAUCUAGGAGGACAUACAAAAAAAGUCACUGUAAACGCCGCUACUCUGGUCCUGUACUGCGCGGGCAAUAUCGCAGGCACCGAAGCCUUUCAAGCCAAGGAGGCACCGGGCUACAUCAGCGGCAAAGCCGCCAUCAUGGCAACAUUAUCGUUCCAGGUCUUUGUGUGUUUGGCACUACGCUGGCGGAAUGAUAGAUUAAAUAGGAAGAACCGUGAGAAACUGGCGACGAUGACUGAAGAUGAGAAGGAGAUAUUAAGGAAGCAGCUUGCUUAUGCCGAUCGGACGGAUCGGGAGAAUCCAUUCUUCACGUACACGCACUGA